UGGUCACUCUAGAUGUUUCUGUUUUGUUUCUUUUUGUUUUGCGUAUUUAUUUUUGCCGCCAAUAACCAAUGCAUGUGUCUAUGGAUUGUAAUAAUUCCUUUCUGGAAGAGGACGAAAUGCGCUUAGGCUACAACCAUGACGACAUUAAGAGCUUUCUGGUAAAGUCGUCGAUCAAGAAUAUGUUUCCCUUUGCAAAUGAAACCACAGACGCCAAGCGGCUACUUGAUAGUUUUGUGAAAACUCUAUCGGGCAAGCUAGUACUAAGUCUAGAGAAUUUGCUGGAUCUGUUUACUCUAUCUAUCAUGAUGAUGACCUACCAAAAAGACAUUUUGCUGCUGACGGAGGAGCGUUUUAUACUAUUAGAUGUGGUCAGUCAUCUGGCCUACUCUCUGGAUUCAGAAGAGAUUCAGUUCAUGGCUUUAGGCUUAUACGACAACUUAGUAGUUGGCGUGGGAAUGGAGCGCUUGGAAAGGGUCCUGGACGUGCAGGCAGCCAUUCCCGCUUUAGUGCAGUCCUGUACGCUUGGCAACAAUAUUGCUGUGGCUUUUCUACUCACUAUAAUGGGAAAGUAUACCGGACAACCAGUCCAAAUGGAUAACAAGGAAAUAGCUCGAAAGGCUUUUGAAAUGGCCAAAUUGAUCAACUGGCAGGAGUUGGCAGAUAGUGAUCGUCAUGCGGAUAUGUUUAUGCUUAUACGCACCUUCAGCCUGAUUAUCAACUGCCGACGCAUUCGCGAAGAGUGUUCUGAUUGGAAGGACAACCUAUGUGCCGAGAUACACAAGUUCUUCCUGCAAGUGCGCAAGGCAUUCGAAAAGACUGCCGCAUAUGGAGUCUUUGAAAUGAUGAUUGAGCGGUUCAUUGUUUACUGUGUAGUUCGCGGAGCCACAACCACGACCCAACUUUGCAACUACAAGAUCUCCACGCUAACAAAUUCAGAGUCACAAAAGUUAUUUGAUUAAUUUGUUAAAUUUUAAGUUUUUUUGAAAUUACGUAUGUAUGUGAGGCAUGAACAUAGGAUUUUAAGAACAAGAAUUUAGCAUACAGCUGAGAACAAAAAAGAACACCAAAUAUUUUGCCUGUUAAGUAAUGAAAAAAUAACGUUUUUCAAAUAAAAGUUUUUAUUUUUGUAUUUUACAAAAUUCAAAU